AAUUUUGGACGAAAUUCGUGAUAAUAUUUCCAACAAUCUUUUAGAAAGAACUCAUUUUCUUACUAAGAAAGAUUUAUAUAAUAUUGAAGCUUCAUAUAAUCUCAAUAAUGAGGCAGUACAUCAUUCGAAUGACGCUACAAGUGUUGGAGCAUGGGUUGAAAAAUUAAAAUCUGAUGACAAAUUAAGCCUUGUUUAUUACAAGUCACAAGGUCAAAUUGACACAAAUUAUAUAGAACUUAAAGAAGUUUAUUUUUUAUUGCUCAUAAUGAACGACUAUCAAAAAUCCAUGUUAAACAAAUUUGGAAAUGAUGUUAUUUGUAUCGAUGAAACGCAUGGGAUGAAUUCGUAUCAUUUUAAUUUGACAACAAUCAUGGUUCUUGAUGAUUUAAGAGAAGGAUUUCCAUGCUCUUUUAUGAUUAGUAAUAGAGUUGAUGAAGCGGUAUUAAGAAUAUUUUUUGCUGAGAUAAGGGACAAAACCGGUAUUAUUCAGCCCAAUGUCUUCAUGUCAGAUAUGGCUGAAAGUUUUUAUAAUGCUUGGGUUGUUGAAAUGAAACCAGCAAAACAUAGGCUCUAUUGUACAUGGCAUGUGGAAAUAUAUAAAGUAUUGCGUACAUUACUUCAAGAACAAGAUGCUGAAGCCUUUAGUAGAAUGUUUGACAAUGCUAUAAAUCGAAUGGCAAAAGAUGAUGAAACUAUGCAUUUCUCAAACUAUUUUAUUAGUUAUUAUGCUCCAUCUGUGCAGUUAUGGGCUUAUUGCCACAGACUAAAUUCUGGAAUAAACACAAAUAUGCAUAUUGAAAGAAUGCAUCGGACACUAAAACACAUAUACUUACAAGGCAAAAAG